CGUUCUAAAGAUGUCAUUGUAGAAUGUGUUCUGCGGUUUAUAACAUACAUAAACUAACAUUACUCUAAAACAUUCGUCAGUCACAGGCGAGUAGUCACGACGUUAACGUGUCAACGUUAGAAUGGGUACAAAACUACUAGACUUGGAAACCAUCCUGCUCCGUAACGAGCAAUGGAUGAAACUCGAAGAAGACUGGAAGCCGGUGGACCUGGAUGAAGACAGGACAGAGGAAGACAACGAACCAGCUAUGACGACAAUGCUCAGCGCUUUGGACUUGAAGAAAACUACAUUUGAUUCUGCGCAGCUGUUGAAAAAAGUGCGAAGAAAAGUCGCGAGACAGCUAUCUGAUAAAUCGAUUAUCGACUAUAAUGAUUUUAUACGCAAUCUCCAGAAUAACGAGGCGAACGAUCAACAGUUUUUCUUUGUAAACGGCCAAAUAAUCUCCGCUGUCUCAAUCGAAGAAAUAUGCCGAGAAAUUGACGAUAUCUUCAAAUCGAUUGACAGACUGGCUUCGGCUACAAGCACCCUGAGGAACCGUAAGCCGGACGUGGUGCAGUGCAGCAUCUCAGCCGGAGACUUAAGUUUUGACGAUACUAUAGACCAGAUAGACGAAGAAAAAAUAGACCAGUGUAUAGAAGAAGCUUUCGAAGAGUUGAGUGGAAGUUUCACAAGUGUGUGCCAGAAUGAAAACAGCCAGGAAUCAGUGACGACUCUAGUCAAAAGGUUUACUUCUCUAUUGAAUAAUCCAACAAUACAGUGUGGUCCUCGACGCCAAAGGCAGUGUUGCAGCAGAUUCCAGGAGCUGGCAGAUUUUUGGAACAAUCGCGCUUUUCACGAUCGUUCAUAAUUUAAGUGGGUACUUUGAGAUUUUUUAUUAAAUAGGUAAAUUUUGUAAUAUUAUAUUUUUGUUUGUCUCAUAGGUAGUAAGUAAAAUGAAAUGAACAAUUGUUUUAUUACAUUUUUGAUUAACUGUUUUUUUUUAAUUAAUACAAUUUAAAUUAUUUAUUAGUAUUAGACUUAUGACAUGACCUUAAUAUAGUUUUGGUAAAUAUUGUUACAAGAAUUUAGCUUUAUACCAAAUAAUAUCUACGUAUGUUUUAUAUUAGUGUUUAGUGCAAGAAAAACAUGUGAUAGUUGUUAAUAAGUAAACGUUGUAGUUACUUGAA